AUGACCGCCGCUCGGCAAUCGUCAUUCGUCCAGAACCUGCCCAAGAUCGAACUGCAUGCCCACCUCAACGGCAGCAUCCGGCGCUCGACGCUGAUCGACCUCGCCUCUGCGCACCACGUUGACAACGCGUCCAGCGCAUUCAUCCUGAAGCGCUGGCCCCGCACGCUCAGUGAGGCAUUCGAUGUUUUCCGUGUGAUCCAUUCGUGUGUCGUCACGUUGGCCGACGUGGAACGCUUGGCGUACGAGGUGGCACAAGACCUGGAGGGCGAUGGGGUGGUGUACGCCGAGAUCCGCACCACUCCGAGGGCGAUGGAGGGGGAGGGGGGGUUGGAGGAAUAUGUCGGGGCCGUGUUUGGGGGCUUUGAGCGCUACGCUGCGGAGGGAGGAGCGGUGGUGCUACGGGUGCUGCUGUCGUUCGACCGGGGGAAGCAUACCGCUGCGGACGCGGAACGCAUCAUCGACCUUGCACUCGCUCACCGGCAGCGUGGUGUGGUGGGGAUCGACCUUUCGGGCGACCCGACAAAGGGAGACUGGUCGACGUUCCUCCCCGCUCUCAAGCGCGCGCGAUCGCUCGGCCUCAAGAUCACCCUGCACGCCGGCGAGGUCACCGAUAGAGAUAGCGAAAUGUCCCAAAUGCUCGACUUCCACCCAGACAGGUUCGGCCACUGCUGCUUCGUCAGCUCCUCCAACAUGCUGCGGUUGAAAGCAUCCAACAUUCCUAUCGAGCUGUGUCUUACCAGCAACCUCCUCUCCAACUCCGUAGCCGCGUUGGAGAACCAUCACUUUGGACUCCAUUACAGUCCCACCGAGGGCGCCACCAUCUGCUGCAUCUCGACCGACGACAGCGGGGUGUUUGGCAGCCCGUUGUCCAACGAGUACAGGCUGGUAAUGGACGGGUUUGGAUUGGACGAGAGGCAGACGUUUGAGCUGGCGAAAAGAACGCUGCGCGCUACAUUUCUCGAAAAGCGGGGCGAGACGGAAGAGUCGAAGGAUGGCAAGGAUUGGCAAAGUAUACAGGACAAGUUUGAUGCUUUUGAAAAGAGUUGGAGCUGGAAUUGA